AUGCCUGAUCACGUGGACAAAGUCACGCAAGGUAAACCUUUGUGCCUUUUCAGAAAGCUUUUGGAAGAAGCUAACUUUCCUGAUAUGGAGGUUUGCAACAUCAUGGAGAAUGGAGUUCCACUGACCGGGGAAGAACCGGCAUCCCAACUUUAUUUCAGAAAGUACAAGCCUGCCAUGCUGACCCCUCAACAACUGGACCACCAAGCUGCGUGGCGCCGAAAAGCCAUGAUGGGUAAGGGGAUGACAGACGACGAGCGUUUGCAGGCUCAUGAUCUGGAGACGGAGAGCCAAGCUGAAGUAGAAGCUGGGUUCCUUUCUGGACCCUAUUCUCAACAGGAUGUUUCUGAGCUGCUGGGGUCUGAACAAUGGAGCCUUUCCAAGAGGUUUGCUUUAUACCAAGGAGAAGAGCGUAAAAUUCGAAUUAUUGACAACUACCGAGACAGCGGUGUGAAUGCUGCCUUCUCCUCUACAUCAUACCUUGCGCUGCAUGACACUGAUUUUGUGAUUGGCUUCCUGAGGUUUUUCAUGUGGGUUGCUGGCAACAGUACAGAGGUGGUAGUACCCAUGUCAGAUGGGACUGUCUUGCGAGGCCGAUGGCACAAGUCUUUGGGGUCCAAACCCAUGCUCCUUGGCCGCUGUGUUGACCUCUCAAAGGCCUACAAGCAAGUAGCGGUGGCCACUGAAUCUCCCAAGCAUGGAGUACUGGGUUACAGGACCGAGAAUGGUGACUGGCAGCUUUUUACGACCCAGUCGUUACCCUUUGGAGCCAGUGCUUCAAUUUUUGCAUUCAACAAGGUAUCAAGGGCCAUUUGGCAUUUGCUGGUACACGGUUUGCACAUUCUCACUUGCGUCUUCUAUGACGACUUCCCCUGCUCGGAAGGCGAGCCUCUGACGGCCUUGACGGCGAAGGCGCUGGACACAUUCUUCAACAUACUUGGAUGGAAACAUGCAGUUCAAAGUAAGAAGGCUACAGACUUCUCCCUGGAGAUGCAGGCCUUGGGAAUACAGUACAACCUUCGUGAGCUUUGGGAAGGGAAGCUGACUGUGCAGAACAGGCCGGGCCGACGAGACCGAAUUAGGUCCCUCACUGCAGAACUUAGAGAACUUGGAAGUGGGUCGCGGUCUGCUGCAGCUUCUUUGGCAGGAAUCCUUAACUUUUGCGGCGGGUUUGUACUUGGCCAUGCACUGAAGCCCGCCACCCAUGCUCUGUCGAGGUGGUCGAUGGGUGACAACCUAUCAAAAGCAGCGACCCAUGAGAUGUGCGACUUGAUUGAGUUUUUAGUAGACGCUUCGAAACCAAGACUGAUCACCAUGGACCGGGAUUUGCCACCCAUUAUUGUUUACACUGACGGCGCCUUUGAAGCGCGUGAUGGUUCAUGGGGGGCGCUAGUGAUUGACCCAGCGACAGGCUCUCAAGAAGUCUAUGGUGGCUGGGUACCGAAGGUACUACUUGAAUUUUGGUUGAACACCGUUGGAGAUCAGAUUAUUUGUGAAGUUGAAAUGUAUGCCUAUUUGUGUGUCAGGCAGAAGGCAACUGAAUUGUGUCAACUCUUGAAUGCGGCCAACCAAGGGCCAAUUGAAUUGCCUGCAGGGCUUUUGAGUUUCUUGAUGCAGAACCGUUUUAACCCGGAACUUGCAGAAGUGGUGCGCUUUGAAGCUGAGGCCAUGAUUUUGAAACCCGACGGCAAGGCUGGAGCGAUCUCGGCGAAAAAGGCGAAGAAGCCAAAAGGUCGCAAGAAGAAGGCUUUUCUGGCUGAGGACCCCGAGGCCGGAGUCAUCGCGGCCAAGUGGCGUCGAAUGCCACUUUUACAGGAACGCUUGGAAGAAGAUCGCAAGGCUGUCCGCACAGUGUUGCAGUCAGACUUUGGUUUGGAUCCAGCGGGAAAUCUGGCUCUUCGCUCAGAUGUUGCAUUGUUGCUGUGCGUAUGGGAAAGCGCACGUACCCAGUUGUCUGUGCAAGAGAAGAAUCGCCAAGAAUCCAAGCUGGGCAUGCAACAGCGCAUUGUGCAGCCGUCGGAUUAUGCAACCAUGCGCAGCGCUGUGGAAGCCAAGCAUGGCAGACUGAAGGAUCGUGAGGCCCCAAGCAAAGGCAUGAUAGCCUCCAAACUUGAGCAAGUGGAAGAUGGGGCACCCAUUGCCGAGGAUCUCCGCGAAGUGACGUCUUUUGCAGAUUCAGAAGUCGAGGCCUACAACGCGAUCAUCGAUCCGUCGAUGGGAUUCUUGCGGAUUCGUCCAGGCAAGACGACCACGACACCGCCAAGCACACCGGAAGAAUUGCAGCUCCGCCACAGGCCGCUUAUCGGUUUGUUUUCCCCUGCCAGCGGAAGCCCAGCACAUGAAAAGGGCUUUGGAAAGGGCAAACAGAUGCCGUCCUGGGACAGGCAAUGGGGCAAAUCCUCUAAGACGCCUGAAGGCAAGCCGAUUUGUUUCAAGUUCCAGAAAGGGAGGUGCUCCGACAAGGCUUGUCGAUUUGCACAUGCGUGCCAGCGUUGCUUCGGUCGCCAUCCCUUCACGCAGUGCCGUUUCAAGAAGGAGGCUGGAAACGGGCGGGUGCCUGAGGAGGUGGAGUGUCAGGAAAUUAGCUCAGACGAAGACAUUGACAAGGUUGCGAAGCCAAAGAAGGGUGCGGGCCUAUGGGGUGAUGGACCGCCGCUUGCUUCAAGACUGUUGGGAAAGAGGCAGGGGGGGCAACCCCUUUUCCUAGCGGCCAUUGAAGAGUUCUUGCGAAUUUCGGGCGACCCCGACAGCAGAGCGUUCUACACAUCAAGCAACUCCUUUGCUAAAGGAGUGCGCGUGGGGCCAAAUGCCAAACUGCCUCGCGUUCCUGCUGUAUUUGAGAAGAAGAUUAAGUGGAGACAAUACAAAGAAGAAGAGAGCAGCCUAGACAUGGAGAGAGAUAACUAUUUGUCAGCCCGUGAUCAUGCUCGCCUCGUUCAGAAGCAAUUUGAAACUGAAGCUGCUAUGGGUUGCAUGAUUGAGAUGCCUUUGAGUGAAGCAAAGCAAAAAUUUGGGGAUCGGCUGGCCCUAGCGUCCUUAGGAGCGAUAGGGAAGAAGGAUGGAUCGGUCCGUGUGAUCCAUGACGGGACACAUGGCGUUGGAGUGAAUCCAGCCAUUGUGGUCCGGGAUCAGCUCCGCACACCAACUGCCGGUGAUCUGCAAACUGUGUUGCAAGUACUACCAGGUGCGUGGUUUGGCUUGACAGGUGAUGUGGCGCGAGCGCAUCGGUUGGUGCGAGUUGCUGAAGAAGACUGGGGAUUACAGGCGUGUAAGACAGACGUGCGCCCAGAUCAUAUUUGGAUUAAUACUGUCGGAACAUUCGGCAUUGGGAGCGCGGCAUACCAUUGGAGUAGGCUCAUGUCUGGGGUGGGUAGAGCUGCGUACUACCUGCUGGGGAAGAGCGAGCUAUUCAUUCUUGUUUACGUUGACGAUUUACUUUGGAUCACGCGCGAUAAAGUUGGAAUUGAGAAGAUUAUCUUGACCAUUUACUUCAUGACCAUUGUUGGCUUGCCGUUUGCAUGGAAGAAGUUUCAAGGAGGUGUGGACCUGGCCUGGGUUGGUUUCGAGUUAUGCUUGAAAGGAAGUAAGCUCGGCUUGUCGUUGGCGCGAUCGCAAUGGUUGGUUAAGUGGCGCAGUGACACAGCAGAUUUGGGUCGAGUGCGUAUUGCGGAUAUGUCUGCAGUAUUGGGCCGUCUUUCUUUUGGCUUGACUGCGCUGGGACACUUGAGGCCGUUUUUGGGGCCAGUGUACGCAUGGACGGCAGCAAUGACGCGAAAGGUUAUCACAGGUAACCUGCCCAAGGCGAUCAUCUUGAUCUUUAAGUUCCUGGCAAAGGCAUUAGCAGACGGUGGGCGCCUGGCAUCUGUGCCACCAGCCCCGGGAGACCAGGUGGAACUGUUUCGGACAGAUACCCGCGCAGAAGGAAAUGAGAUUUGGAUUGGCGGCUGGGCUAUGGAUAGCACGGACACAAAACGCUGUAGAUGGUUUUCUGAAAAAUUGGAUCACGUAUCUACGCCUUGGCUUUUUACUGCAGGUGAAAACUACAGACAGAUUGCUUCGCUUGAGCUGCUAGCCUCGUUAGCUGCGGUUGUCGUCUUCGGGGUGCCAGUGCCAAUGCGGGGCAGAAUCCAUUGUUCGGCUGGGACCGACAACAAAGGAAAUAGCCAUGUGGUUGCAAGGUUGCUCACAACCAGAUUCCCCCUUGCUGCGUUUUUGAUGGAGCUGGCUAUGCAGUUGCAAAUGGUUGGCGCGAACCUCGAGUUGUACUGGCUGCCGCGGCUUCAAAACCAGGAAACUGAUGCGCUCACAAACAACGAUCUGACUAGAUUUGAUGAGCAGCUGCGGCAAAGGUUUGACUUGGCCUCAUUCAAAGGACUGGUCUUGUCAGACAUGCUAGCUUGCGGAACAGAGCUGUAUGAAGAGAUUAAGGUGGCGCGACAGCGAAAAGCAGUACAACAUGCGCAACGUGGACGAAAGUCGGACGCUAUGAACAUCUUGCUUGGUCCUUUGUUUGAUGUAGCUGGCUAUGUCUUUGCGGUGAUCAAUGCGGUCAUCGCUCCCUUCACCUUAGGUGAGAAGCUCACGAGCCGCAGGUUGAUUGCAUCCACCAUCAUCUUUGUGACGGCAACCGCCUCUAUUCUCUUCAAAAAUCGCAAUCAAGAUCAAGAGGUCUGGACCUUGGAACGUGCUGAAACUAUUCUCUUGCGAUGGAGCGUCUUGGUCUACGGCUUGGUCUUUGCUCUGUGGUUCUGUCUGAAUUUGUGGCUUCUCAGACGUUCGGAGAAAGGUUCGGUGCUACGAGGAUUCUCGUUGGGAGCCACUGCAGGCUCCAUGGCAGGGAACAUGUGGUGCAUGCGCGUGGCAGCUGUUUUCGCAGCUGACUGCGCUUCUGCACACGUUUGCAGCGCCUGGGGGCACUGGCUCCCAUGGAUUGUUUUGACUGGAGCGGUGUUUUUCGCGGUGGUUAACGUGCCUUACCAGGCGAAGGGGAUGCAGAACUAUGAAUCCCUGUAUAUUGUGACGAUGAUCCAGGGGUCUAACAUUGUCUCGAACAGCCUCAGUGCACUCAUCAUCUUGCAGGAGAUGGACGGAGCACCUUGGUGGAAACUGCUGGGCUACAUCGGGUGCAUUGUGGUCAUGAUUGGGGCCCUUUGGUUCUUAGUCUCAGGGGAAGAAGCCGUUUGUCCCAGCAACGAACUGGAUGACGAUCUGCAACGCAUGCUGUCCAUGGAAGAAGGGGAAGGAGGCAGUGAACUUGAAAGCAGUGAAUCGGAAGACGAACAAGGCCUAAUGGAUUUUGUCCGCGCAAUGUCGCUGAACCAAUGCUCACCAGUGGCAUUUUCUUCAUCGUCAUCGAAUGCAGAAGAUUCACAAGAUGGAGAAGUAUCGCAAAACGGAGAGGAAGAACUACAUGAAGAGUCUGACAAUGCUAUUGCUAUUGACUGAAACUGAGGAAACUGCUCCACUGGCAGAUCAAGGGGCAAAAUUUCCCCUAUGCCUCAAAUUUUCGUUCAUUUGACAUGCUUGAAAUUCAAUGUAAAAUGCCGACCUGUAGGGCAUUAGUGUUCUAGAAGAUGACUUCACACUGAUGCAAUUACUAAA